CAGUCCUGCUCACCCUUACAUUAGUGGCAAUUUCGACGGCCCCAUGCUUGCUUCUCCUACCCCUAAGUCUGUCUUUUCGCUUGCCCUUGCUAUCUACAAUAAUCUGCAGAGAUUCUUCUUUCAAGUGACUGACUGACUGACUUACUACUCCAGAAUUCAGUGACGGAAGUGGCCCCAAAUCCGCGAACGGAUCUAAAAGAAGCCCGGCUCAAAACUCCACUUCAAGUCCACUUUGCUCUCACUCAAAGGAGACAAUUUCCCGGUGAAGCGCGCAGGGUGGACAGACCCUUGGAAAAUCUGGGGACUCCUCCAGAGUCCAAGCAGUCUAAAUGACUCUCAAGGAGGGAUCGCCCCCAAAAAUAACCCUGGAGUGGCACUACCGUCGCUCUCUUAUCCGCCUCUUCGCUGGCUACUCCACACCCAGGGAGAGAAACUGGGCGCUGAUAAGCCCGGCUCUUCGCUUGGCCAAUUUGAGCCAGAACAAUGAGCUGAUUGAUUGCUCGUGGCAGUGGCAGUGGCAGUGAGUGAAGGUCAUGCGG